UCCGAGCUGACUAUUGGCGGGAAGAAACGUGACGAGACUUUGGGAGUCCAUCAUCAUUGGAUGCUGUAUGCAGGUGCUGCGGUUACGAUAGCCGUUGCUCCGAAGAGCUGAGACCACCCGGCUAUCAUGCUCCUGUUAGCUCAACUAAUCUGAGAACGCCAGGCUCUGUUGGCAUCGGCAACCACAGCAGACGCAGUGUCUGUGCCCCUUUAUCACUCACGCUUAUUAGCACCAGCAGGCUAGCUAGUAGUAGCAUGCUCGCGAUAACAACCUCCACGAGUCGAGUCAGGCCCAAAGUCGCCAGAUUCAACUCGACUUGACUCUAGACGCUUCCAGAAGUAUCUACCUGUGCAAACGGUUUAAAGCGGGUUGCGAACCCACCCCUUUCUCUUUUGACUGCCUACUAAAAUGUACACGUACGAUGUAGCUAGCUAGUGAUACAUCAGUACCAUGGGUGCUGCGGCAGCCACUCGAUUAAUGCGAUGGCUAGCUAGCCAGCUACAUCUACUGGAGGGUGAUUUGCAACGCAAAACACUAGAGAGUGGCAAGCAGCCAGUACAAUAGCCUGCUUUAUCUUGUACCAUCAAAUGAAAUAUGCUGGCGGUGCAGUGCCAGUUGACUGAUGCCUUCGUGGGGACUUGGCUCUGUGGCUCCAAACUGAUUCCGCCAACCUCCUGCACAUUGCUCAAUUCCCUUUAGUGGCAAUUUUUUCAUCAGUGGAAACGUACAGCGGCAACUUCAUGACGACGACUGUGAUACGGUACGAACAGCUAGCCAAAUGUAGAUAGAUUUAGUCAAUUAUUCAUGGCCACCAAGCCACCUACCGUACCGGUAAUCACCAACUUGUUGCACCACGAUGUCCUUAGUCCUUGACUCCUCUGAAACCUGUUCAAGCAGCUCUACUAGCUGGAUACUGUAGAACAAAAAAGAAGUGGGGGUGAAGUUGUUUCUAAAUACUCUUACUGGAACAUAGGGCCUGAAUGCCUGAACUGGCACAGGAGACUCCGUGGAGUUAAUGAAUCCCGAUUACUGGCGAAACGCACCUGUUAUGCCAUCUUCAAAAUGCCGGUCCAGGGCAACCACCUUUGCACCCUUUUACGACCGAAUACAGCAAAGUGAAGCCAACACCACAAGAGCUUUUCACUGGUGCGGACCAAGACGACAGCCAUACCAGCAGCGCCACCACCCCAAACAACCCCCACCGCUCUCAACAACACAAGCUUCAUCUCCCACCAAGAUACACCCACCUUGCUGUUGUUGAUAACUGUUGUUCAUUGCGGCGUUGAUCGAUACAUUCUGCUUGGAGGGAAGUCACUUGCAGUAGUCAUAUUUCUGCCGGAGGCAAUACCGGCACCGCACAGACCUCGUUGUUAUCCCCGUGCCAGCACCGCCACGAACGCCACACAGCAACACUGACAGGCCAAUACCAUGUCGGUCGAAUACGAUCUCCUCGAAGAGUGUCUCCCCUAUGGAGAUGAGACUUCUACAACCUUCAUGCUCAAUUGCGUCUCGGCCAAUCUCCGCAACCAUCCGGGUGCCCAAGAAUUCUCGAGAAAUGUGCUGUUGGUCUAUUCCGCAGCUCUGGUCUUCUUUAUGCAAGCUGGCUUUGCCAUGCUUUGUGCCGGGGCAGUAAGGAAAAAGAAUGUUCAGAAUACCAUGCUUAAGAACCUUCUUGAUGCUUGUGGUGCAGCACUAGCUUUCUUUUCAUUAGGGUAUGCCUUUGCUUUUGGAGGUGAUGAUCCAAUGAGUGCCAAGAAGACGUUCAUUGGUACCUCCAACUUCUUUCUGAUGAACGUGGAGGACUUGGCCUUCUGGUUGUUUCAGUAUGCAUUCUCAGCUGCCUCUGCUACUAUCGUGGCAGGGACACUGGCAGAGCGUUGUCAGAUGGCAGCUUACUUGGGCUAUUCUGUUCUUCUCGGAGGGUUUGUGUACCCUGUUGUGGCUCAUUCUGCUUGGAGCGCCAAUGGAUUCUUGAGCGCGACUGCCCUGGAACCAAUGUGGGGUGUCGGUAUGAUUGACUUUGCUGGAAGUGGAGUGGUCCACUUGACAGGAGGUACGACAGCACUGUUCGCUACCAUGAUUUUGGGGCCAAGACGAGGCCGCUUCCACGAUGACACGGGCCGCAAAUUGGCCAAGCCGAAGGAGUUUCCCGGGCAUUCCGUUGCUCUGCAGAUGCUUGGAACGUUCACGCUUUGGUUUGGAUGGUACGGAUUCAACGCCGGGUCAGCUCUGCUUUUGGACUCCUUGGAAAGGGACAAAGUGCUUGCUCUUGCCGGAGUUAACACCACCUUGGCUGGUGGUACGGCAGGAAUUGUGGCCCUCUUUGCCAACCUUUGGGCUCUGGAACGAUACACUGGUGAGCCAUUUUUUGAUGUGAAGUACCUGAUGAAUGGUGCUCUUUCCGGAUUGGUGGCCGUCACAGGUGGUUGUGGUGUUUUGGAACCCUGGGCAGCUGUUGUGGUAGGGGCCAUUGCUGGCCUGCUCUACAUGCUAGGAACAUGGGGGCUUGUCAAGUUGCGCUUGGAUGAUGCAGUUGAUGCAAUUCCUGUACACAUGUUGAAUGGUGCCUGGGGUCUCAUUGCUGUUGGACUUUUGGCCUCACCAAAAAGACUGUAUGCUGCCUAUGGACACAGUGAUCACGUUGGUUUCUUCUACUCAUUUUCGCACAAUGGAGCAGAUGGACUAUUGCUGGCGGCUCAGAUCGUGGGAAUCCUCUUUAUCAUUGGAUGGGUAAUGAUCAUCAUGCUUCCAUUCUUUGUAUGGCUUGACUGGAGGGGUUGGUUCCGUUCUGACCCCUUGGAGGAAAUUGUUGGAUUGGACACAAGUUAUCACGGUGGACUCAUGUUGGGUGGCGAAGACGAUAUCAACCCAGAAUACGUGUCGGCAUUUAACAAGAGGAGAGAAGAGAAUGUUAGACGUCGGUCUGGGAGAAAUCCCAAUAUCUCGAACACUGUUUUGACCGAGUUUGACCACGAGGACGAUCCAGAGUCAUAUGGUGGUUACGAGGACGAAGAGAAAUACAUGGAGAUGUCACAGCCGCAGAUGUCUGCCAAGAAGGAGGAGGCAGCUGUCGAGGCCGAGAGUGUGCCGAUGGAGCUCGAGACGGCAGAGGCGGAAAAAGAAAAUGGGCUGGACGUUUCUGAGGAGAGGCAAGACGACAGAAACGGGGUUUCAGUAGAGCUAUAGCCAUGAACAGGCGAGGGCAGUCAUCCAGUGCAUUCCGCUGCACAAUUUUUAAGUUUGACGCAAAUCUUGCUAAAUGCACCAGAAUCUUCGUUAGGAUGAAUGUACAAUUUUAACUGAAUAUUAAAACACGAUUUUCAC